UUGUAAAAGAAAAACUUGUCGACAGAGUUGACGUGGCCGCUAUUAAGCGCAUAAAAUAUACGCAUAUUUCAUCAUAUUUAGCAUUUCGUGCUAUUUAAAGGCAUUAAUUAAACACACGUAGUUGGAAAAAUCGAAGUAAUUUUUUGUUAAACACAAUUUGAAGUGCUAAAAUAAACAUGAGCUUGGUGUGGACUUUGAUCGCCACUUUUCUGUACGCAGAAAUUGCGGUGGUAUUGCUACUGGUGCUGCCUCUGGGCAGUCCUUACAAGUACAAUCGUUUCUUCAAGUCCAAAUUCUUAGCCAUGUUGGCUAAGCAGGCACAUCUAUAUUUCUUCCUCAUAAUGGGUGUGCUUGUGCUGUUCCUCCUGGAGGCAAUUCGCGAAAUGCGCAAGUACUCCAACCAUGAGACCACCGGCGAGGUGCAUCUUAAUGUGGAGAUGCAGCAUAGCAUGCGCCUGUUCCGUGCGCAGCGCAACUUCUACAUUUCUGGAUUUUCCAUCUUUCUGGUGCUGGUCAUUCGCCGACUGGUUACUCUAAUAUCCGCACAGGCAAAUCUGCUGGCUCAAAGCGAGGCUUCCAUGAAGCAGGCACAGAGCGCCACUGCCGCCGCUCGCUCACUCAUGGAGGACAAGAAGACAGACAAAGCUAAGGAGGCCACUGAGGACACAACAUUGAAUGAGUGCGCCAAGCUUAAGGAACGCGUGCAAGAGCUGACUACUCAAUUGAACCGUGAAAAGAAGGAUAAGGAGGCCCUAAAAUCUCAGGCCGAUGGCCUUAACCGCGAAUUCGAUCGCCUGACUGAGGAGUACAGCAAGUUGCAGAAAAAAAUCACUAUUGAAUCAGCUGGUAUAAAAGAUGACUAAGCGUUAGAUGCUAGGCGGCGUUUAUAUUGAUAAUUGAUAAGACUUAAAGAAGGCGGUGGGGAAAUAAGGAAAUGCUAAAUAUUUCAAGCUUAUGGCAGAUUAUAAAUCGAACACAUAACAGACACAUACAUACACACUCACCUGCACACACAUGUAAGCAUUUUUUCGAAAUUUAAUUGUAUGCCAACCAAGUCCUAGAUAAUGGUGUACUGUUUAUAAUUAUCUCACGACCUUUGUAUUUAUAAAUUUUAAAUGUUUGUUUGCUUUCUAAGGGCCACAAAAUAAA